AUGCCCUUUACGCUGAACGCCCUGUACCUGAACCCCACCCGGUUGGUGUCUCCGGACGAGGUGCUGAAGCGUCGCCGAGCGAACAGCUUCGAGCUGGCAACACUGCUGUGCAGUUUUCUGAUCGGGAACGGGUUCGCUGCCUGUGUCGUUUCAGGAUACGCGACCCGCGAAGUCGUCACCAACGAUCAGCAACGCGUCCCGUGUCCGUUCGUGCCGGUUGAGGAAGAGGAAAGUGGCGACGAAGCUCAACCGGAGCCACCGAACAAAUAUCAGCUCCGUCAACCACCGGAUCUGCGUAGCCAGUAUCUGCUCAACAUCGAGGAAGAAAAAGUGGCCAAAGUGCUGGCCGAGGAAGCGAGCAGGGAGGCGGCUGAACGGGAGGAAGCGGAACGAUUAGAACAACCCCCACCGGACCCUAAACGAGGCCACCGUGUGCAUGCGUGGGUCGCUAUCCUCCAGAAUGCACCGUGGUGUUAUAAACCGGGCUAUCGCGAGACAAAACUUGACUCGAACACAGGUGAACGUGUCCUGCGAGCUCCGAGCGCGUUUUUCGUCGAACCUUCGACAGGUUUCCGGCGUGAGGUGGCCUCCACGGACUACCUCGCUAUCGAGAGCGUCUGGACACAGCAUAACUACUACGUUAACAAGCAGGAUCCGGCCAACGGAUUGGCUGCACUCCGAUGGGACCUGGCAGAAGGGCGCGAUUGGGAGCACUUCCUGCCGGGUGAACCGUACGAAUUGCGAGAGGAUUGCGCCGUGCCCGAGGAUCAGGACCCACUCACGACCGAGGAAGAGAUCGAGAAAGAAAAACACCUGGAUCUACCCGCGAGCUGGGUUCGACCGUUGGUCGUGUCCCGGACGGAUUUCGAGCAACGCUUCCCAGACGGCGCGAAGGUGACGUACUUCCGGAAGGCGAUUCACGAGCGAUUCGCACCCUACCGGAACCUGAUCGGGUUGGUACAACGCCUUACGGUGUACGAGACGCUCGAUUACGAUGGGCCCAUUCGACGCUGGGAAUGGUACGCCAACCGGGACGAUCUGUUGUGCCAAGUGCGGCUCGAGUAUGGCUCCGGUGAGACUGAAGAGCGCUUCCGGAAGGGCCGUCCGGACUGCUUGCGAUCACUUCGACACCAGCAGGAUGAGUACGAGAUGCGCUUUUUCCAUCAGUACCGGUUCGAUGCGUUGCGGACGCUCUUUUACCACGCGACCUACAUUCGAGAGCACUACGAGCGACGCGACGAUUUGCUGUACUACCGGGAGUUCCGCAACACGCCCAAGGAUCAGAUCACAAGGGAAUCGAGCAAGCUGACGCACAUUACAGAGAAGUUCCAUCAGAACCCCACCAAAGAGCCGGUAAAGGACAUCGCACUACGCAACUGCUACAUCGAGGAUAACAGGAUAGCGCUGCAAUUUCACUAUGGUGCAGACUGCAUCACGGCAUCGACACACGAGUUCAUCAAACCUCCCAGCUCAGAGAUGGGCGAAGAAGUCCCGUAUGAUCCAACCUGCACGUCAGGAUACGUGUCAAACCCUUGGGAUCCGCAGCCAUCGCAACUCGACCUGUUUCUGCUGCUGAAGGAACAGCUGCGAGCAGAGGAACACGCAUCACUGGCUUUUCGUCGACGUGUUGCUGAAAUUGGAACAAUGUUGGCCGAACGAAAGAAGCAGACGGACUCACCGCAUCUGACCAGCAGCUUGUUCGAUCCGUUACGCAACGAGGAAGCACGCCAAUUACGACUGGCCAAGUACGAGGCGUUGAAAGCUCGCGAGGAACAGAUCAAACAGCAACAGGCGGACUUCCUGGCACCGUAUUUACUGCGGCUUGGGGACACCACAAAACGGCCACCGACACGAGCCCGCGUCAUGGAGCUUUACCGCGACUGCACGACUGAUUUGCGUCGAUUCUACCGACGACUCGAGGAGGAACUGCGUAAUCGGUGCGAUGAGCUUAUCACCGAGGAGCAAUCACUUAAGCGCUUCCUGUCACGCUUCCAGGAGCACUUCGAGGAUGCCGAGUACGAAAAGUUCAUCGCCGAGGGUGAGACGCUCGAGCGUGACAAGCACAUCCUGCAGAUGCGCCUCGAGAACCUGCAGGACGAAUAUCGGCGUAAGGCGGACCAUCUGCGGCGAGCUCUGCGCGAGGACGAACGAUUACGUCCGUUCUUUGGCGCUGACGUCGAGUCGCCGGGUGAUCGCAGCGAGGGUGGUGACGAGUGA